AUGGGAGUAUUGGAGAAAAUUAAAGAAAUCGAGGCCGAAAUGGCCAGGACACAAAAAAAUAAAGCAACAGAGUAUCAUUUAGGGCAAUUAAAAGCGAAACUGGCAAAAUACAGGUCCCAAUUACUUGAAGCCCCUAAAAGCGGGAAAAAGGGAGAAGGCUUUGACGUACAAAGACAAGGAGAUGCAAGGGUAUGCUUAAUAGGAUUUCCAUCUGUUGGAAAGUCAACUCUUUUGUCAAAAAUUACAAAUACAACAUCAGAAGUAGCAGAUUAUGAAUUUACAACUCUAACAUGUAAACCUGGAAUAAUAAAUCACAAAGAUUCAAAAAUCCAGUUGCUUGAUUUGCCUGGAAUUAUUCAAGGAGCCUCAGAGGGUCGUGGAAGAGGCCGACAAGUAAUCGCAGUAGCAAAAUCAUGUGACAUGAUUAUGAUGGUACUUGAUACAACUCGAGAUAAUAGUCAAAGAUUAAAAUUAGAAAAUGAAUUAAAAUUAGUUGGAAUUAGGAUAAAUCAGGAACCUCAAAGAAUAACACUAACACGAAAGAAAGCAGGUGGUGUUGUUAUAAAUAGUACUGUUCCCUUAACAAAAAUGGAUAAUAAACUUAUAAUGAGUAUAUUGCAUCAGUACAAAAUACACAAUUGUAAUUUGCUAUUCAACGAAGAUGCUAGUGUUGAUGAUCUCAUUGAUAUUAUAGAAGGGAACCGAAAAUAUAUUAAGUGCAUUUAUGUAUACAACAAAAUUGAUAUGUUGCCUUUAAGUGAAAUCAAUGCCAUUGCAUCAGAAGAAAAUACUGUUGUUAUAAGUAGUAGCAAACAAUGGAACUUAGAUGUACUAAAAGAAUACAUACUUCAAAAGUUAGAAAUAAUUCGAGUCUAUACAAAAGUACGAAAAGAAAAACCUGAUUUUACCAAUCCAAUUACAUUGACUAGGCAAAGAGGAAGUCAAACUGUUGAGGCUGUGCUUAAACAAAUCCAUAAAGACAUGAUUAAAGAUUUUAAAUAUGCAUUAGUUUGGGGAAGAAGCGUAAAACAAAAUCCGCAAAGAGUAGACUUAUAUCACAAAUUAGAGGAUGAGGAUGUUAUACAAGUUGUUAAGAAUAAUUGA